AGCUGAUGGACAGCUUGCGCGAAACCCAGCAGCGGAUGGCCGACAUGGAGAUGAAAGUGAUGGAGGUGGAGAAGGAGCGGGACAGCUUGCAGCGACAGAUUGCGGCCAAUUUGCCUCAGGAAUUCUCGACACUAACCAAAGAACUAACGCAGGCCCGCGAAAUGCUUCUCGAACGGGACGAGGAAAUUGGGGAGCUGAAAGCGGAACGAAAUAACACCAGGCUUCUGCUAGAGCAUCUCGAGUGUCUAGUGUCCCGACACGAGCGGUCGCUACGGAUGACGGUCGUGAAGCGUCAAGCGGCAUCCCAGAGCGGAGUGUCCAGCGAGGUCGAGGUACUGAAAGCGCUGAAAAGUUUGUUCGAGCAUCACAAGGCGUUGGAUGAGAAGGUCCGAGAGAGGCUUCGAGAGUCAUUGGAAAAGAUCAAUGAAAUGGAAGAGGAACUCAACCAAACCAAAGAGGAGCUUCAGCAAUAUAAGUCGGGCGUUUUGACUAACCAAACCGACGCAUCAUUGGAUAGUGGCAGCGAGAAGAAGGAACCGUUCAAGAAUGGGGACGCAACGGAAACGAUCGACUACAGCGCCAAAACACACGAGCUUCAGACGAUUAUCGAGAAGCAGACGGCUGAAUUGUCGCAGUGGCAGCGUCGCGUUUCCGAUCUGAACACCAAAAUCAACGAGAUGGAGGACAAUAUGUGCAAACUGCAGAAAGAGUACACCAAAUCACAGGAAGCGUGUGUGAAGCUGCAGCGCGAUCUGCGUGAGAACGUGGCGCAAAAGGAGGACCAAGAAGAGCGCAUUGCGACGCUUGAGAAGCGCUACUUGAAUGCGCAGCGCGAAUCCACCUCGUUGCACGAUUUGAAUGAGAAACUAGAGCAAGAAUUGCGCCACAAGGAGGCUCAGUUGAAGCUGCACGAGGGCAAGAUAGCCGCCAUACAGGAGAAGCUCGAGCUGUCGGAGCAAAAGUUGGCCCAAUUCUCCAAACUACCCGAGAUGGAGGAACAGCUGAAGGCCCGUAUGGAGGCCCUGACACAGGAGCGACAUGGUUCGGCGGAGGACAGAAUAACGCGCCUCGAGAACAACGUGGAAGAAAAGAACGCCGAGGUGAUGCGAUUGAAUCAAAGACUGAAGAUGAACGAGGAGCACAAUCAGCGGCUAUCGUCAACAGUGGACAAACUGCUCGCCGAGUCGAACGAUCGGUUGCAGGUACACCUGAAGGAACGUAUGACGGCACUGGAGGAGAAAAACUCGCUCUCACAGGAGCUCGACAAGGCCCGCAAGUACGCCGAGGAGCUGUGCCAGGAGAAGUCCGAUAUGCUCAAGGAAAUCGCGAAAAAUCGCCUCGAGAUGGAGACGUUCAAGCGUCAAAUAUUGCAGCAGGAAAUUGCGUACAACAUUCAGCAAACCGAAGCCCUGACCCGCAGCCUAUCACCGAACGCCGUCAGCAACGCGGGCCCCAAUGCGGGGUUCUCGCGCAGCGGAUCGGCCACGUUCAGCACGCACAGUUUACGGAGGAACAAGUCGGCACUGGAGGAAGAGCACUUUAACCGCUCGAUGGCCGAGCAGGACUGGAACAAGCUUCAGCACAUGGCCAAUGCACAAGUUUUUGACAGUGGCGUCCUCGACGGCACGGACGAGGCGGACAAUCUGUUCGGCACCGGUGAUAUCAUCUCGCCGACCGGUCACACAGAUGCACAAACGCUCGCCAUCAUGCUGCAGGAGCAGCUUGAUGCGAUCAACAAUGAGAUCAGGUUAAUACAGGAGGAGAAACAAUCGACCGAAGCGCGGGCGGAAGAGCUAGAAUCUCGCGUCGGCAGCUUGGAGCACAUGAAUCUUCUCGCACGGGGCCGUUCCAUGGAUCGCCAGAGUCCACCGCUGAGCGGCAGCAGUACGCCAAACAGUCCAAACCGAGACUAUCUCCAGAAGUAUCACACGGCGCCAGCGUCGAUGUCGCCAGCGCACUUGCACCAAUACGUUACCACUUUGAAUCAAGUUCCGAUGUCCGAAUCGUUACCCUCUAGCCAAGUACAACUAGCACACCUUCAAUCGGAAAUGCAGCAACACGAUGAGAUGGGCAAUGCUGUCGACCACGAUAUGUCGGGAGGUGGCGUAUGCGGCGGCGAUACCAGUUCCGGAGGGACGAUCUCGCCGGCAACGGCUCGAACCAUGCGCCUGGAACGAUUCGCUCUCGCUCUAGCACACAGCCAGGAGGAACUGAAACGACGCUCGCAAGGGGGCGUCCAUGGAUCGGACUUUCCGGGCGAAUCCAGGAACCAUUUCAUUGCCAGCAGCAACUAUGGUAUGUCACCACUUAACUCGCGCCAUGGCAGCCAGGAAUCGUUGAAGCAUUUAAGCAUGGUCAGCUCGUUAAGCUCCCUACAAACGCCGACCGCCAGUCGAGGGGAUUCCGUUUCGGCGGCUCAGAAAAAGAAGGGCAUCAAAUCGAGCUUGGGCCGGUUCUUUAGCAAAAAGGAAAAGGCGAAAGGCGGUGUAAAGGAUUCGUCUAUGCCGGACGGCUCGGCCAGCAUGAUGUCGAUGAGUGGUCUCUCGCUGAUCAGCGACAUCGACUCGACGUACGAUAACAUCAGUGUGUCUGGAUAUCGGCCGCCGGGUAAAUCGAACCCGAUCGAUUACACGCGGCAGAAGAAGAAGGAGCACGACUAUCGGCACGAUUUGCUCGGGGAAGCAAUGAAAGCGGGAACGCCGUUUGCACUGUGGAACGGUCCGACGAUCGUGGCGUGGCUCGAGCUGUGGGUUGGUAUGCCGGCCUGGUAUGUUGCAGCCUGUCGUGCCAACGUGAAAUCCGGUGCCAUUAUGAGCGCGCUCAGCGAUACGGAGAUACAGCGCGAGAUCGGAAUCAGCAACCCGCUGCACCGGCUAAAGCUUCGUCUUGCCAUACAGGAGAUGGUGUCGUUGACGUCACCGUCGGCACCGCAAACCACGCGGACAACACUCGCUUUCGGCGAUAUGAACCACGAAUGGAUAGGAAAUUACUGGUUGCCUAGUUUGGGUCUACCUCAGUAUCGAACGACGUUCAUGGAGUGUCUGGUGGACGCCCGUAUGCUCGAUCAUCUGAACAAGAAGGAUCUGCGCGGCCAGCUGAAGAUGGUGGACGGCUUUCACCGGACGAGCCUGCAGUUCGGUAUCUCCUGUCUGAAGCGACUGAACUACGAUCGCACGGCGCUCGAGGAACGUCGGAAAGCGUCCGACAACACUCUCAGCGAUGUGCUCGUGUGGACAAACGAUCGCACGCAGCGAUGGGUGCAGAGUGUUGGUUUGAAGGAGUAUGCCAACAAUCUGCUGGAAUCCGGUAUACACGGCGCACUGAUAGCGUUAGACGAAAGUUUCGACGCUAACUCCAUGGCCCUAGCCCUCCAGAUUCCAACACAAAACACACAGGCCAGACAAAUUUUAGGCGCGGAAUUUAACAAACUACUCGAACUGUCGACCGAACGGCGCACAGAUCGGGAUUCAAUCAAAUCUUGACAUAAUCCUAGUCAUCCUAGUCUAAAUGGAUAAUAAGCGUAACUAUUAAUAAUAUUAAAAAGGAGGAAAAGGUGAAGCAGAGGAAAAGUAUAUUAAAAAAUAAUAACGAUAAUGAUAAUAACGUAGCAUUAUUAUCGCGUAAUAAUGAAAAUAAUUAUGUACUAACAUUAAAACGGCAUAACGACGAAAUACCCAAUCUCUGCUCCACCUAGGCAGGUCGCGCAAGCCAGAAUGGGAACGGAAUAGGAAAAAAGGAACACCGACGAAGAAAACAUGCAAAGUAUUUUACGGGGGAUAAUAAACAGAACCGUGGUUAGGACAGAGAGCAGCGCAAAGCAUAAGCUACGGAGCAAACAAGGUCGAAUAAGUCGAAUAAGUCUAAUACUGCAACAAAGAUACAUACCAGCAGCAUUAGCAAAAGCAAACCAGGCAAAAGGGGGACUCUGGUAAGGACAAGGACAUACACAACUGUACGGUACGAUUGAUGGGACGAGGGCACAGGGGAUAUAUAAUAGAGGGAAAAUAAUAUAUACAUACAUUAUAAAUACUUAUAUGUUGAAAGAAUGCGGGAGAGUGAGAGAGCGCGAGAGAGAAAGAAAAGAGAGAGAGAGAGAGAGAGAGAGAGAGAGAGAUUGAGACGGCCCCCGGGUGAAUGAACGGUAAACUUGUGGACAAGAGCAGCAACAAGAGAGAUAUCCAACAACAACAUUGUCAUAACUUUUAAGGCAAGCGGUGCAUCACUGGCAAAACGAAGCGCUGAUAAGAAGGGGCAAACCGAAACGGACAACAGUACGGAACUAUGCGUACACGGAACGAAACCAGUAUCCAGCAGUGAGAAGCGGGGAACAGGGAACUAGAACUAGGUUUUGCAGGCCGGGCCGCUGCAAAAGAGCUAAAGAUACCACAACCACAAAUGAAAACUGCUAUUGUAAAGAUACACACUUAAAGCCGCGAGAUGCGAGAAAAAAGAAAUGGAACAACAAAUGAUAAAAGAGAAAACUGGAUUCUAAAACAAGCUAAAAAAGAGACGAGGCAAACCAACCAGAAACCAGACAACAAAUACAAAAUGCAA